AUGACCCAACUCGGCCUCUUCUCGUACCCGGUCCUACAAGCCGCCGACAUCCUCCUCUACAACACCACCCACGUUCCAGUUGGUGAAGACCAAGCGCAGCAUCUCGAGUUCACGCGCGAGCUGGCCAGUGGCUUUAACCACGUCUACUCAGAGUCACAGCCCCUGUUGACUGUUCCACAAACACUUCUGAGUCCCGCGAAACGAGUUAUGAGUCUGACUGAGCCAACAAAAAAGAUGAGCAAGAGCGACCCGAAACCGAAGAGUCGCAUCUUGAUAACAGACUCAAGAGAGGAAAUACACGGCAAGCUGAAGACGGCAUUGACAGACUCCAUCGAGGGAGUGAGUUAUGACCGCGAAACCAGACCGGGCGUGACAAAUCUUGUGGACCUAAUGUAUCAUUUCGAUGAGUCGCUCGCUGCGUCGCCGGAAGAUCUAGCGAAUGACUUGAAGACUUUAAGCAUGCGGGCUCUGAAAGAGAAGGUCGCCGAUACCGUGGAUUCGGGCAUCAAGGAUACAAGAGAAUGUUAUCAAGAAUUGAUGAGCGGAAAUCAGAAGGAGCUCAUAGAGCAUGCAGAAGAAGGUGCACAACGAGCAGAAAAGAUCGCCGAGAGCACUAUGGAGAGAGUCAGAAAUGCUAUGGGCAUAGCAUGGUAG